AUGGAAUCCUGUUUCUGCAGUACUGUUUUGGCCAUACUGUUUGUUUACUUUUUCUCAAUAUCCAACGCUGCCAAUUCCAAACUCUUCAGGGAAUACAUUGGAGCUGAGUCUGAAUCAAUCAAGUUAACUGAUGUGCCCAUAAAUUCUAAAGUCGAAUUCCAUUUCAUCCUAGCUUUUGCUAUGGACUAUACAAAUGGAAACUCUCCUUCACCUAGCAAUGGCAAGUUCAACAUUUUCUGGGAGUUCAAUCAUCUGGGUCCUGGGGAAAUUGCCUCAAUAAAACAUGGGCACUCCAAUGUCAAGGUUGCUGUUAGCUUGGGUGGUGAUACUGUAGGUGAUGGGAAAGCAUUUUUUGCACCAAAUUCAAUAGACUCUUGGGUUAAAAAUUCUGUUUCUUCGCUAACGAAUAUGAUAAAAGAAUACAAUUUAGAUGGGAUUGAUAUUGACUAUGAACACUUCCAUUCAGAUCCAAGCACCUUUGCAGAAUGUAUAGGGCAACUCAUAAUGAGUCUCAAGAAAAGUGGUGCAAUUUCAUUUGCUUCAAUUGCCCCCUUUGAUGAUGAGGAAGUCCAAAGCCAUUAUUUGGCAUUAUGGAAGAAAUAUGGACAUGUCAUUGACUAUGUGAACUUCCAGUUUUAUGCAUAUGAUAAGAUUAGUGUUUCACAGUUUGUAAGUUAUUUUAAGAAACAAGCUUCCAACUAUGCUGGUGGUCAGAUUUUAGCCAGCUUCAUAAGUGGUGGGGGAGGUGGUUUGAAGCCUGAUGAUGGGUUUUUUGAAGCCUGCAGUGAGCUGAAGGGAGAAGGAAUUCUUGGGGGCAUCUUUAUAUGGUGCGCUGAUGAAUCAACAAAACUAGGGUUUGAAUAUGAGAAGUCGUCUCAGGAUUUUCUGGCAUCUGCUUGA